GAGUGAGGGAUGAAGUGAGGUCGGGAACCCAGCAGGAUUGCUAGCAAGAACUCCAUCCACCUCCUUCACAAUGCUGUCAGACAUCUUUAACUCAAGGGCUAUAGUGGUGUGCAUUGGGGUGCUAAUGCUCAGCUAUCAGGUCUGCUCAAGUCCCAUCCAGAAAGCUGAUUCCUCCAGUGUGGUUGACAGUCCAGCCUCCCUCAGCUGGCAGGCUGUAAAGCGGUUCGCUCGGAUGACCCCCCUCUGGAGAAACAUUGGUACCAAACCCCACGGAGCGUACUGCCAGCACCACCACGAGUGUUCAACCAAGAUCUGCAGGCAAGGCCAUUGUUCAUUGAACCAGAACUUCAAAUCCUAAGAGGAGUGAGAGAGGAGUCUUAUUUGGAAGCAUGAAGAAAUACGAGCAAGUGAUGGACGGCAAUUCUUAACUACUCCAGUUAUUGAAAUAUUGAAAUAAUACCAGUACUGUAUAUGUAUUGUAAGGCAGUGUGUUGUGUGAGACAGCAGGGAGGGGGUUAAAACCUACCUGAAGGAAAAAUUGCACCUUUUUGUAUUUAGUUAAUUAGUUUUGUUAAUUGUUUUAUUAUUAAUUAUCCCCUGCACCUGGUAGCUAUUGUAAAUUAGAGCCAGGUGCAGGGUAUUUACGAGGAGCAGUCAGUUUGCUCAAGGCUGCUGAAUAGAGGGAGGCAGAAAGAGGUGCUCUGCUUCCCAGCAGUCAUAAAAGAGUAAGUGCUGGGUAAACCGGUGAGUUUGUGUCGGUGCCAGGUAAACGGCUUAGCCGUCCUGCAAGUUAGUCAGGGAAAUUACCUGUUUAGUUAGAGCUCGUACAGAGCUAGGUGUUUGUUUUGUAUUUUGUUUAUUUUGUGUUUAUUAAAAAUUAGCGCAACCGCGCUUUGAAAACGCCA